AUGCCCACAACACCCCCGCCGCCACGCCCGUCAUUUUGUGCCACAGCGCAGGCCCAGAACGUCCAUGCGCUCACUGUGCGCCCACAGAACAAGAUGGCGGCGGUCACGUGGGGGGGGAAGGCCCUCCCCAUCCCCCCGCAGUUCCCGGCCGCCGCGUGGUCACUCCCGAGACCAACCCCAACCCAAGUCACUCCGCCGGCCCCUCCGGCCACUCCUCGUGCCGGGGAACAGGGCGCCGGCAUGCCACCAAACCAAAAAAGUUUCACCUCCAAGCCCGGGACCCGCCCGCCUCGAAGGAGCCCGAGCCUACGUGGCCGAGGCCGCUCCCCUCCCCACCCGCACGCCUCGCUCUAA